CUGCUUUUAUGCAGAUUUUUUUAUAUUUUUUUUUAUGUAAUUGUCAGUUCGUAAGCAAACCAGUAAUAUAUACCUUAUUGUUAAUUAUAACAGCAUAGAUUACAAUGUAAUAUUACAUUGAUUUGGUAUUUGUGUGUAAUAAAGUGGUUUAGAAAAUGAACGCGCUGAGUGCGCAAUGUAAAUGGUCGCGAAUGCAGCGUUUCAUAACAGGAAGAGAAAAUAAGGAUUCCUGCUGUUGCAUUUUGUAGUGACAGAUUUAAACGAAUAAUAUAUUUGUUCAACAUACAGAAGACCGUGAUGGCUGCCAUAAUCACAGAAACACAAAGCAUAAAAGAAGCAGUAACUUCCAUCAACACAAUUGAACUGAAUAAAUUCUCCAGACUACUUUCACGAAUUCUGCAGAAACUUCACCUGAAGGAAGAGCGCACGUUCAGUGAGGAGGAAGAACAGAAACUGCAGAGUGCUUUGUCAUUGGACAAGCAGAAUCUCAGUCUGGUGCUGGAUACAACUGCCUUCAUUCUAGAACAGGCUGUCUAUCAUAAUGUGAAGCCUGCAUCCCUGAAGCAGCAGCUGGAGAAGAUCCAUCUUUCCCCAGAGAAGGCGGAGGCCUUCUGCCAGGUCUGGACCGCUGUCUGCCCAGAUGUUGUGGAGAAGGUCAGGCAGAGGAUUUUUGCUCCCAAAAAGCUGGAACAUGUCGGAUGGCAACUCAACCUUCAGAUGGGCACGUCCACCCGAGCCAAGUUGAAGGAUCCACAUGCAGUGCUGGAGCUCGGUGUCAGAAAUGAGGAUUCUGAGAUACUGCGACCUGUAUGCCCUAGUCGGCUGGCCCUCGCUACAUGUUCGUCGUCAGACCCACUGGCUCCAGGUCAUCUACAAGGCUAUGCUAGAGUGUGGUGGAGAAAGUGUUUGUGGAGUUCAGCCACCAGGAGUUACUUCACUUCUACAACCAGCUAGAGACAGUUCAAGCCCAGUUGGACUCCCUCACCUGAUGCGGGUGCCAUUCUAUUUUCAUAUGAUGACAGCUAUGGAAGAAGCAGUGUUGUCAUUAAAAUUCCCCAUGCACACUGACAGGACACCUAUCAUAACAAUGUGAUGGUAUAAUGAGGGAGAUCUCACAUUUCCCUGUUUGUUGUGUGUGUGUGUGUGUGUGUGUGUGUGUGUGUGUGUGUGUGUGUGUGUGUGUGUGUGUGUGUGUGUGUGUGUGUGUGUGUGUGUGUAUAACUGUAAUCCAACUACAUUUCAUCCUUCAAUUAAACUAUUUUUCUACCUGUGUUUUCCGAUGUGCAACAUGAAUGUUGUUGAAAUUCAGGCAAUGUUAUUUUUAGGAAUGUUUCUAUAUGAAUGCUGAUGAAAUGUUACUAAUGUACAAACACAAAACAUGAUAUCAUGUAUAUGUAAUCUAAAGCACUAGAGGAAUAUAAAAAUGUUGUAAUCUGAAAA